AUGCCGGAGAGGCAGGACCCGAGAUCUAGGACGGCCGGAGGUCGAAGGUGCACCAGUCGUUUCUCCGCCCCAGACGUGGAGAGCAUCAGCAUUUCACUGCCGAUUCUCCUCCUUCCCUUCCAUCUUUGUCUCUGCUAUGUAUUUUCGAACCCAGAGACAUAUAUUGCCGUUGCAGCUCUUCCUUGCUACAGGAGGGAUAGCAAUACGGGGAGGCCAGGGCUGGGUUGCCUUGUCUUCCGAGUCCCGAGUCCCCAGUGCGUGCAUCCAUGCAUGGAUGUGCCGUAUGCGUUGUGCGACGGGAUGUCUGUUCCUCCCCCAUAUCUUGGCAUCUCACUCACCUUGCCUCAUGACCAGGGACGAGGUACGAAGCAGCCUACUAUCCAGCGGCCUCGUACAAAGCACGAAGCGCCCUGCACCAAAGGAACAAAAAAGAGGGAAUUUUUUCCAUCCUUGGCGGUGAGACCGCCCGGAGGCACGCCCCUGCGAAAGGGGACGCCCGCGCUUCCCGUAAGGAACCAACCGAACCCUGCAGUUGCGCGGGCGCGCCGCAGCGUUCGCUUCUGCACUGUUGGCACUGCCCCUGGGCCGUGGAGAGAGGACAAUAGCACUGGCGUGCUAAGUGCCGGGAUCUCUGCAGCAUAUUAUCAAGGACAGGAUAAGUACAAUAAUACUUGCUCUAUGCCGCGCUCUGCUCUCACCCGUGGUCUUCCGUCUUCCUCUCCAAUGGGUUCGGGGACUCCGUCUCAUUAUCAACACACAGGGGUCAAAGGCAGGGGACAAGAGAGAGGAGAGCGCCUCACCGUCGCGCGUCCCGUCGCCGCGGGCCGACUCAGCAACGGGGGCAGGGGCGGCCAAGCGAGAGGAGCGCUCGCCCGCACUCUCACCACUCUUUUGAGCGAGAGAGACACGCCGGAGCUAUCAGUGAGGAGAAAAGAAAGAUAG